AUGAGUUGCUGCGACGGAGAUGGGGAAGAUUAUGACGAAGCACAAGAAGAAACAUCAGAGAAGUUGUUGGCUGUUGACGGAGAGUACCGAGAGCGUAUUCCUCAAGGCACUGAAACAGAGAUGCAAGAGUCUAUUACGACGUCCAAAUCGACACAGAAUUGCAUCCCAGAGUGUCUACGCGACAUCCUCAUGGGUUGCAUGAAAGAGAAAUGUGUUGAGGAUGUGGAGAAAGCGCUCGAGACGUAUGAGACCAGGACUCUCGCAGAUGGAGAAUACCGAGUCAAUAAGAACUUACCGCACCGCCCAAUAAAAUUCGACCCAGAGGAUAUUGUCCACGCUAAGCGUACUGACGUUGGCUGGCAUUGCGAAGUCCCGCAGUGCGAAGCGACUUUUCCUGGAACUUUGGCGAUCGACAUCCAUCUUCAGUCGCACGGUACGAUAAUCAAGUGGUAUUGCGGUGACUCCAGCUGCUAUACCGGUGUUGAGAGCGCAUUCAACGAUCGUGCCAGCUUCGAGUUGCAUGUGGCUACUGAGCAUAUGGGCUCUGAAUAUAGCACCAAAGCUGGGCGUUGA